AUGGCGUCGAUUCUUCAAAAGCUCAUUAGAAAAUCGCCACCUACAAGAACAAUUGCUGCUCUGGGUAGCCAGACCUCACAAAAUCUCUCAUUACCCUAUAUUCUUCACCAGCCUCUUGACAUUGAUAGGAAACCAGACGGCCAUUGUGAUUCUAAUUUAAACUCUGUUUCAACUUCGAAUCCGUCUCAAUUUUCGCUGUUCUUCCCUAGUUUUCCAUUUGGGCUUUGCUUGCAGCAAAUCCCCUCAACUGGAUCGAUUCGAUUCGAGCCGGAUUAUGUUGAAGAAGACGAUUGUCGGAAGUUGUGGGCUGAUAGUGUUAAGAAGAAGAGGAAACGCAAGAUGAACAAGCACAAGUACAAGAAGCUAAGGAAGAGACUUCGUAGACAGACAUAG